CGCCUCUUCGUCGGGAACUUGUCGUUCGAGACCGACGGCGCCGCGCUCGAGAGCUACUUCUCCAAGUGGGGCCCCGUCGUCGACUGCUUCCUGCCCCAGGACCGGGACAAGGGCGGCUCCCGCGGCUUCGGCUUCGUGACCUUCCGCGACGCGGGCGACGCGAGGGCCGCCGUCGCCGAGGCCGACGGCGCGGAGCUCGACGGCCGGACCGUCCGCGUGAACGAGGCCGAGCACAAGGGCGGCCCCGGCGGCGGCAUGCCCCGCGGCGGC